AGUUAUUCUCUCAGUGUAUCGAAGAUAUCAGUCAACUAUCUUCUGGAUUGCAUUGAUGCUAUUGAGAAGGCAGCCUGCAGUCUAAAAGUCAUGGUUUUAAAGGUGGUUUGUUGCUAGUUGUUGGAUAUUGAGAACAUCAGUGUACUUGCCUCCUGGGAAUAUCGCCUAUGAAUGCAGUUGCUGGAUCAUUUGGCGGAACACACCAGGAGCCCCAGCGCAACCCUCCCCUCCAAUGUGCCUUCAUGCCGGUCCCUGUCAUCCAGCGAAGACGGCCCCAGUGGCCCUUCCAGCCUCGCAGAUGGGGGCCUAGCCCACAACUUACAGGAUAGUGUCAGGCACCGCAUCCUCUACCUCUCAGAGCAGCUGAGAGUGGAGAAGGCCAGUCGGGAUGGCAACACUGUGAGCUACCUCAAGCUGGUAUCCAAAGCAGACCGGCACCAGGUGCCGCACAUCCAGCAGGCCUUUGAGAAGGUGAACCAGCGCGCCUCUGCCACCAUCGCCCAGAUCGAGCACAGGCUCCACCAGUGUCACCAGCAGCUCCAGGAGCUGGAGGAAGGCUGCAGGCCCGAGGGCUUACUGCUGAUGGCAGAAAGCGACCCAGCCAACUGCGAGCCACCCAGCGAGAAGGCCCUGCUUUCAGAGCCCCCCGAGCCAGGUGGGGAAGACGGGCCGGUCAACCUGCCUCAUGCCAGCAGACCCUUCAUCUUGGAGAGUCGCUUCCAGAGCUUACAGCAGGGGACGUGCUUAGAGACAGAGGAUGUGGCCCAGCAACAAAACCUGCUGUUGCAGAAGGUAAAGGCAGAGCUGGAAGAAGCCAAGAGGUUCCACAUCAGCCUCCAGGAGUCCUAUCACAGCCUAAAGGAGAGGUCUCUGACUGACCUGCAGCUGUUGCUGGAGUCCCUUCAGGAGGAGAAGUGUAGGCAAGCAUUGAUGGAAGAACAGGUGAAUGGUCGCCUGCAGGGACAGCUGAAUGAGAUUUACAACCUCAAACACAAUCUGGCCUGCAGCGAAGAGAGAAUGGCCUAUCUAUCCUAUGAGAGAGCCAAGGAAAUAUGGGAGAUCACGGAGACCUUCAAGAGUCGAAUAUCCAAGCUGGAGAUGCUACAGCAAGUCACCCAACUGGAGGCAGUGGAGCACCUCCAAAGCCGUCCCCCGCAGAUGUUGUUCAAGUUCCUGAGUCCGCGCCUCUCACUGGCAACUGUCCUCUUGGUCUUUGUCUCCACCUUGUGUGCCUGCCCCUCGUCACUGAUCAGCUCACGCCUGUGCACCUGCACCAUGCUGAUGCUGAUCGGGCUUGGGGUCCUGGCCUGGCAGAGGUGGCGCGCCAUCCCUGCCACAGACUGGCAGGAAUGGGUCCCCUCCAGGUGUAGACUGUACUCCAAGGACUCUGGGCCUCCAGCAGAUGGACCUUAAGGGGCCAGGAGGGCCACCUGCCUUAGCUUGCUAGCUCCCUCCCUCCUCCUGGGUGCUGAGGGCAUCCAGCAAGCCCCUCCACAGCUCUUGCUUGCCGAUUAUGUAACCACCAGCCUGGUGAAAUGGAUAUAGACGCCCACCUGCCUCACA